UCCCAUUUCUCCUGUGCAUUUGGAGAGGAGUGAGUGUGACCUACUCUGGAGAGAAACAGACAGAGACGACCCGAGGAUGAAGCUAGUGUUUGUGGCUGUGUUAGCGCUCUGUACGCUCAGCUCUGUGGAUAGAGUGGAUUCUUCAGCCUACGACAAAAUUGUGACACACAGUCGUAUCCGGGCCAGACUCCAGGGACCCAAUGUGUGUGCCAUGCAGCAGGUGAUGGGGACCAAGAAGAGGAAGUACUUCAGCACAUGUAGGACCUGGUAUAAAGGCUCUAUCUGUGGGAAGAAGACGAUGGUUGUCUAUGAGUGCUGUCCAGGCUACAUGAAGCUGGAAGGCAUGAAAGGAUGCCCUGCAGUGGCUCCUAUAGACCAUGUGUAUGGCACAUUGGGCCUGGUGAAGGCUAGGACAACCCAGAAGUACUCAGCCCUCUCUAAGCUGAGGGAAGAGAUUGAAGGGAAGGGAUCAUUCACUAUGUUUUCCCCUAGCGACGAAGCCUGGGACCUACUGGACCCUGAGGUGCUUGGUGCCUUGGUGAGCAACGUGAACAUCGAGCUGUACAACGCCCUGCACUAUCACAUGGUCAACCAUCGCAUGCUAACGAAAGACCUGAAGAAUGACAUGUCUAUCACCUCCAUGUACAACAACCAAGGACUCUACAUCAAUCACUACUCAAAUGGGAUCGUCACGGUGAACUGCGCCAGGAUUAUCCAUGGUAACCAGGUGGCUACCAAUGGAGUGGUUCAUGUCAUCGACCGUGUCAUCACUAACGUGGUCAACACCAUACAGGACGCCCUGGGAGUUGAUGACGACCUCUCCUCCUUCAGUGCUGUAGCCUUGGCCUCAGGUGUGAUGGAAAAACUGGGCCAGCCAGGUUACUUCACGCUGUUCGCUCCCACCAAUGAUGCCUUCAAGAACCUUGAGGCCGGCUUCCUGGAACGCAUUAUGGGAGACAAUGCUGUUAUCUCAGCCCUGGUGAACUACCACCUGUUGAACAGUGUGCAGUGCUCUGAGGCCAUCAUGGCAGGCUCUGUGCACGAGACAGCAGAGGGAAGCACCGUUGAGAUCGGCUGCGACGGAGACAGCCUGACGGUCAACGGUAUCAAGAUGGUCCUGAAGAAAGACAUUGUCACCACCAACGGAGUCAUCCACCUCAUCGACCGGGUCCUCAUACCUGACUCAGCCAAGGAGGUGAUGGAGCUGGUUGGUGAAUCCCAGAGCACCUUCAGAGACAUGGUGUCAGAGCUCGGCCUAUCAGCUGCCAUGAAGCCAGAGACGGAGUACACGCUAUUGGCUCCCCUCAACACAGCUUUCUCUGAUGAGGUGAUGUCUUUAGACCAGAGCCUGUUGAAGGUGAUCUUGGAGAACCACAUUCUGAAGCAAAAACACAAACUGAGUGAACUCUACAACGGACAGCUACUGGAGACCGUCGCUGGAAAACGAAUACGCGUCUUCAUCUACCGCACUGCUGUGUGUAUUGAGAAUUCCUGCAUGGUGCGGGGCAGUAAAGAGGGCAGCAACGGAGCCCUUCACCUGAUGAGGUCUCUCAUCAAACCAGCUCAGACCACCAUCUACAAGGUUCUCAUGGCAGAUGGACGCUUCAAUAUCUUCCUGUCUCUGAUGAAGAGUGCAGGUCUGACAGAGCUGUUGAAACAGGAGGGAUCCUACACCGUUUUCGCACCCACAGAUGAAGCCUUCGACGGGAUCACAGAACGGGACAUCACCCUGCUGGCCAGCGACGUGAACGCUCUGAGGACCAUCCUCCUGUAUCACUUCAGUAACGGAGUCUUCAUCAACGGGGGACUGGAGGGAGGGGUCACCAACCUGCUCAAGACCAUCCAGGGACACAACCUGCAAGUGCUGUCUGUGAACAAGUCCAUCCAGGUGAACUCGCUGGACGUGCCAGACAUUGAUCUGAUGGCCACCAACGGAGUGAUUCACGUAGUAAAGAACAUCCUUUACCCUGGGGACCUGCCUGUGGGUCGCGAGUCCCUACUGGUGCUGCUGAAGAAACUCAUCAAGUACAUCCAGAUCAAGUAUGUCUCUGGAUACUCCUACACCAAAAUCCCCCUCACCUUCAUCAAGAGGACAAUCACCACGACAACUCACGUCCAAGCGGAAUCACACGUGGAUUCGGUGCCUGAAAUCACCAAGGUGACCAGAGUGAUCGAAGGAGAGCCGACCCUCACCAAGGUUACGAGACGCAUCGAGGGAGUACCAUCCGUCACCAAGGUUACCAGGGUCAUCGAGGGCAAACCCGCUAUCACCAAGGUUACCAGAGUUGUCGAGGGCGGACCCGCUAUCACCAAGGUUACCAGGGUCAUCGAUGGCGAACCCGCUAUCACCAAGGUUACCAGAUUUGUCAACGGCGAACCCACAAUCACCAAGGUUACAAGAGUUGUCGAGGGCAAACCCGCUAUCACCAAGGUUACAAGAGUUGUCAAGGGUGAGCCUGCCUUCAACAAGGUUACCAGGGUCAUCGAGGGAGAACCAAGCAUUACCAAGGUUACCAGGGUCAUCGAAGGAGUGCCUUCCAUCACAAAGGUCACCAGACUUAUUGAGACUCCCCGUGGUUCCUCCGAUGGAAGGCUGAAGACUGAAGGAGACAUCAACGAGAUGCUUGAGGAAGGCCCGGAAUUCUCUAAGAUCACCACCAUCCACGGCAACCCGGAAAUGAUCGACCAAGAGUCAGAGAGGAUCACCAAACUAAUCCAAGGUGGAGGUGGUAUAGGGGCCCCUGCCAAAAGAGCUCCUGUUGGUGUAAGGAGGAGGAAGGUAAGGCUGGUUAGACGCCACAACAACCAAAAGUCACAUCCAGCCAAGACCAGUCCAUACCAGUCCAGGCCUGCCCAGUCCAUAUCAGUCCACCCAUGACCAGUCCAUAUCAGUCCAGUCCUGACCCGCCCAGACCAGUAAAGACCAGUCCAAACCAGUAAAAUCAAACGAGUAAAGACCAGUCCAGACCAGUAAAGACCAGUCCAGACCAGUCCAAAUAAAAUAAAAUCAAAUGUAUUUAUAAAGCUCUUUUUACAUCAGCUGAUAUCUCAAAGUGCUGUACAGAAACCCAGCCUAAAAGCAAGCAAUGCAGGUGUAGAAGCACGGUGGCUAGGAAAAACUCCCUAGAAAGGCUGGGAACCUAGGAAGAAACCUAGAGAGGAACCAGGCUAUGUGGGGUCCAGACCAGUAAAGACCAGUAAAGACCAGACCAGUCCAGACCAGUAAAGACCAGUAAAGACCAGUCCAGACCAGUAAAGACCAUUCCAGACCAGUAAAGACCAGUCCAGACCAGUAAAAACCGGUAAUGACCAGACCAGUAAAGACCAGUAAAGACCAGUAAAGACCAGUCCAGACCAGUAAAGACCAUUCCAGACCAGUAAAGACCAGUCCAGACCAGUAAAAACCGGUAAUGACCAGACCAGUAAAGACCAGUAAAGACCAGUCCAGACCAGUACAGACCAGUAAAGACCAGUCCAGACCAGUAAAAACCGGUAAUGACCAGACCAGUAAAGACCAGUAAAGACCAGUACAGACCAGUAAAGACCAGUCCAGACCAGUAAAAACCGGUAAUGACCAGACCAGUAAAGACCAGUACAGACCAGUAAAGACCAGUCCAGACCAGUAAAAACCGGUAAUGACCAGACCAGUAAAGACCAGUAAAGAACAGUAAAGACCAGUCCAGACCAGUAAAAACCGGUAAUGACCAGACCAGUAAAGACCAGUAAAGACCAGUAAAGACCAGUCCAGACCAGUACAGACCAGUAAAGACCAGUCCAGACCAGUAAAAACCGGUAAUGACCAGACCAGUAAAGACCAGUAAAGAACAGUAAAGACCAGUCCAGACCAGUAAAAACCGGUAAUGACCAGACCAGUAAAGACCAGUAAAGACCAGUAAAGACCAGUCCAGACCAGUACAGACCAGUAAAGAACAGUAAAGACCAGUCCAGACCAGUACAGAACAGUAAAGACCAGUCCAGACCAGUGAAAACCGGUAAUGAGCAGUCUAGAGCAGACUAGCCCUGCAGAGAUAUCUUUACAGAUCACCAUAGAGACACUGCAAGGAGCUCGCCAAGGUCUGCAGCAACACAAAAACACUUUCUAAGUUCCCUUGAUUGGAAACAAAAGGAAGAACCCAUGUGGAACAUCUAUAACAAUCAAGUAAUCGCCCUGGGGAGCAAAAGAGGUUGAAAAGAUGUUGGAAAUGCUGUACAUCUUUUUGGGGUUGAAAGGAAGUUGAAAAUACAUAGUUUCAACCAAUUUUGCUCACUGGGCAGCGGUGAACAAUGAAAUCAACCUAGAGUGAAUCAACUGGGCCAAUGGUGUCGGACAUGUUGUUUUAACAAUGCUAAGAGAAUCACACGUAAUGUUUGUACUGUAUGCCAAGAAAGGAACUUUUAUCAACUUUUAUCAACUUUGCUUUGGUAUGGAUUAGGUAGAACAUUGGAAAUAAUCAUUGUAUGGUGGAAAAGAAUAAAUGUGAGGUGAAGACAUUUUGUACGUUUUUUAUGGUGCUGGCAUUCUGUAUUGUGCAUCUCGACCAAUAGAAAUGAAGCACUCUGUCUUAUAGUUGCUUCUUGACCAAUAAGACGUAAGCAUUCUGUUUUAUGGAUGCAUCUCAACCAAUAGAAAUUAAGCAAUACUUUUUAUCCUUUAAAGAUGCUGUAGUUAUCGAAACUUGACAACCAACCAGGUUUCUUUAGUUUUACUUAGUUUUUAGUUUUUCCUGUUUCGAUUACUGUUUUCUGAUUCAUUUGUUCGGGUUUGUUAUUGAGACUGUUGAUGUUCAGUUGUACAAUAAGAUCUACCCAACAUAAUACCUACCCAACAUAGACCUACCGAACAUAGACCUACCGAACAUAGACCUACCCAACAUAGACCUACCCAACAUAGACCUACCCAACAUAAGACCUACCCAACAUAGACCUACCCAACAUAGACCUACCCAACAUAGACCUACCGAACAUAGACCUACCCAACAUAGACCUACCCAACAUAGACCUACCCAACAUAGACCUACCCAACAUAGACCUACCCAACAUAAGACCUACCUACCCAACAUAGACCUACCCAACAUAAGACGUACCCAACAUAAGACCUACACAACAUAGACCUACCCAACAUAAGACCUACCCAACAUAAGACCUACCCAACAUAGACCUACCCAACAUAGACCUACCCAACAUAGACCUACCCAACAUAAGACCUACCCAACAUAAGACCUAACCAACAUGUAUUGGAAAUAAAUGUUCAAUAAAUGUUUUUUUUAUCAUG